GAAUAGACGGGAUGUCGAAAAACAGAAAUUCUGCAGGAAAAAGCAGAGAGAGUGUGACAGUUAAAGAUAAUUUUGAAUUAGAGAUGCUUCGUGCACAAUACAAAGAACUGAAAGAAAAGUUGAAGACGAUGGAAGACGACGUCCUCAUUAAAAAUGGAGAAAUUAAAAUUUUGCGAGACUCCUUGCAUCAGACAGAAUCUGUUCUAGAGGAACAAAGAAGAUCACAUUUCCUUCUUGAGCACGAGAAAGCUCAAGCGCUGAGUGACAAGGAAAAGGAAUUCUCCAAAAAGCUCCAAUGCUUGCAGUCUGAACUCCAGUUUAAAGAUGCCGAGAUGAAUGAAUUAAGGGCAAAGCUGCAGAACAGUGAGCGAACAAAUAAACUGACCACCCCCACGGCCUCCCACCUCAGUCCUAGGAAAUGUCCUUCGGUGCUGAUAAAGCCAGAAGCAUGCCCUCCACAAGGUGGAAAAACAUCUUUCCCUACAAAGGAGUCUUUUAGCGCUAGCACAUCCCUUCCACAUCCCUGCCAGACAGAGGCAGGAUUCAAGGCUCUGGUGGGUAGAGAAGGCUCAGAAAACAAGACCCAUCUUCUGGGAGGCGGAUCUAUAAAACAAGAAGAGGUCCAGAAACCCCUCGUUGACAGCUGGAUGCAGAGAUCACUCACUCAAGGGUCAUCCCUAGGUCUGUGCCACCUCCUGAGCAGUUGUUCUGAGACUCCUACUGGCCCCCUUUUACAACCACCAGGGCUUGGCAGUGCCUUGGCUGGGAUUUCAGGUCUCAGGACCACAGGUUUUCAUGAGGGAUCAUUUUCCUCCUCAGCCCUGAGAGAAGCACAGGACCUGGCAGUCACUGGGCUUAAUCUGGUUGCCAGGAGUGAAGCUUCAUGUGACCAAGACCCAGCAGAAGGAGGCAGAAGGACCUUCCCACUCUGCCAGCUUCCUGGAGCUGCGCAUCUCCUCCCCCUCAUCCAGUUCUUCGUCGGUUUACACUGCCAGGCUCUGCAGGACAUGGCAGCCGCCAAGAGAAGUGGAGCACCUGGGGACCCACCCCCCCACCCUGCCUGUGUGAGCGCAGGGGGAGAGGCCAACCCCGAGGACUCGCUCUGCCACCUGGAAGGCUUCUCGGUGGCUUCCCUCUGCGUUCUUCAGCACCUGGUGUGCCACAGCGGUGCUGUUGUCUGCCAACUGCUGUCGCGACUUGGACCGGAUUCCGCUGCUGGGGAAGGCAACGAGAGCCUGGUUCACAGACAAGCUCACGGGGAGCUGACCUCAGCCCCCAAAGGGACUGCUGAUGACCAAGCCCCACAUCCACUGUUGAAGAUGCUUCUGCAGCUGCUGGCUUUCUCUUCGGAAGCAACAGGUCACCCUGGAGCCAGCACCCUGAGCCAGUGCCUUACGGUUUUGGUGAAAUUAGCAGAAAACGCUUCCUUUGAUUUGUUGCCCAGGUUCCAGUGUGUGUUCCGGGUGCUGCCACAAUGCCUCAGCUUGGAGACACCUCUCCCCAGCGUGCUGCUGGCUGUUGAACUACUCUCCCUGCUGGUAGAUCACGAGAAGCUUGCUCCUCAGCUCUGCUCCCACUCAGAGGGCUGCCUUCUGCUGCUGCUGUACAUGUACAUCACGUCCAGGCCCGACCCGGCGGCCUCCGGAAGGCAGUGGCUCCAGCUGGAACAAGAGGUGGUGUGGCUGCUGGCGAAGCUGGGUAUGCAGAGCCCCACCCUGCCAGUCACUGGCUGUAACUGCCAGUGCACUGUGGAGGCAGUGAGAGCCCUCACAGUGAUGCUGCACAGACAGUGGCUGACGGUGCGGAGGGCAGAGGGACCUCCGAGGACAGACCAGCAGAAGCGGACAGUUCGGUGCCUACGGGACACAGUCCUGCUACUCGCCAACCUGUCCCAGAGAGACAAGCUCUUCACCGUGCACUGCGUGGAGGUCCUGCAUAAGUUCGACCAGGUGAUGCCCGGGGUCAGUGCCCUGAUCCGAGGGCUCCCGGACAUGACAGACUGUGAAGAGGCAGCCCUGGACGACCUCUGUGCUGCCGAGGGCGAUGUGGACGACUCCGAGAUGGACUGCACGUGAGGCCGGGCAGCCGCCCAGCAACGCUUCCUCACUUCAUGGACGGAUUAAACGCAGCGACGGCUGUUCCUGCCGAGAAAACCCUC